AUGGAUGAAGAAAUUUUAGAUAAUUUAUAAGUAAUAGAAGAUGAUAAUGAAAUUUCUAAUUUUCCUUUAUUUUAAUAAAAAUAAAUCGGUGAGUUUAUCAAAAAGGUACUUGAUGAUAAUAUAACAACAUAAAAAGCAUUUCGAGAUAAAUUUAAUAGAUGUUUAAGUCUUUUCGUAUUUUAUUUGAGUCAUAUGUAUCAAAAAAAUUAAUAAUUACAGGAUAACAGUGAUGAAAGAAGACACUAGAAAGAAAAAAAAUGAAAAAAAAAAGAAUAUAAGUAACAAAAGAUGAUAUUAUAAUGACUUUAUAAGCAAUUGACUUUUAGGAAAUUGCUUAAUCUCUCGAAAGUAUGAGAAUAACUUAUUAUAAUUAGAUGUUCAAUUAUAGUAAUCUUCUUAAGAAAAUGCUAUUUAAUAAGAGAAUCUAUUGGAUUAAGGAGAGGAAGAUGAUGAAUUGCGGGAAAUAUUAUAUUUUGAAAAUUCAGAAGAAGAAUAAAAAGAUGAAGAGAAUAAUAAUAAUAAUAAUGAGAAUAUUUAAGAUAAUUAGGAUCAAUUAAGUGAAUAAAUUGAUGAAGAAAAUAAUGAGAAUGAAUAAUAAUGA